GCGCUUUCCCACGCCCCCUCCGCUGGGUACCGGGAUGGAGCCGGGAUCGGGAGCGGGACCGGGAUCGGGGCCCUGGGCCGCCACCGCCUGCGUGGUGACCGGCGCUUCCCGCGGCUUCGGCCGCAGCCUGGCGCGGCUCCUGGCGCCGCAGCUCGGCCCCGGCUCGGUGCUGCUGCUGCUGGCGCGGUCCGCGGAGGCGCUGGCCGAGCUGGCGGCCGAGCUGCGCGCCGGGAGCGCCACCGGGAGCGCCACCGGGAGCGCCACCGGGAGCGCCGGGCUGCGGGUGCAGUGCGUGGCCGCCGACCUGGGCUGCGAGGAGGGGCUGCGGACGGCGGGCGCUGCCCUGCGGAAGCUGCUGCAGGACGCGUCCUUCGGCCGCCUGCUCCUCGUCAACAACGCCGGCUCCCUGGGAGACGUCUCCAAAUCCUUCCUGGACCUCACUGACCUGGAGGAGAUCAACACCUACUUCUCCUUCAACAUCAGCUCGGCGCUGUGCCUGACCUCCACAGCCCUGAGGGCCUUUGGGGCGCGGCCUGGCUGCAGCAGGACCGUGGUGAACAUCUCGUCGCUGUGUGCCCGGGAGCCGUUCCGGAGCUGGGCGCUGUACUGCGCCGGGAAGGCUGCCCGGGAUAUGCUGUUCCAGGCCCUCUGGACACAGACAUGCAGCUCCUGGCCCGGACCAAGACUGGAGACCCCGGGAUGCGCCAGCACUUCCAGAGGCUGCAGGAGAACGGGCAGCUCAUCGAGAGCUCCGUGUCGGCCCAGAAGCUGCUCCAGCUCCUGCAGGAGGACUCCUUUCCCUCUGGGGCACACGUGGAUUUCUACGACAUCUGAGCUCCUGCCAGCUCCACCUUUGCCUUCCUGCUUUGCUUCCUGCUGGGCCUUUUCCUGGUGCCUCCAGCAGGCCCUUGUGCAAAUCCUGGGGUCUGGGAAGCUUUUAAGAGACCCCUGUGUGCCUUAUGAACACCCCUGGUGCCCUGAGGGGGUUGGGAAGCAGCUCCUGCUGCUGAGCCCUGGCUGGCAGGGGCAGGAAUUCCUCAGCUCCCGGGGAUGGGGGAGCAGAGGUGGCUUUCCCAAGGGAAUGGCCCUGGGAGGUUAAGACGCUCCUGCACAGGAGUUUGUGGGGGCCAAGGGGUGCCCAGGCACACGAGGCCAGGGCAGAGAGGUCCCUGCCAGCCCCAGGAGGUCCCAGAGAAGCCAACAGCAGGGUGGGAGCUGAGUGUCCCCGUGUCUGUCCCCUUUGCCCCGCAGGAAAAAGUCCCCAAGGAGCCAUUCCUGGGGCUGGUGAUGUUCCCCCCGAGCCCCGACCCUGUCCCCUGCCCACCAGGGACCCCAAGUCCCCCUGAGGUGCUGGGGCUGUCUCUGGAGAUCUGUGGGUUAGGAUGCAGCAAAGCCUGUCCCAGUGGUUUUUCCAGGAAGGCCGGUAAUCCCCAGGAGAGGGAGCUGGCCUGGGAGGAAUUGGGAAUUUUGGGAGCCUAGCUGGGGUCACGAGCUCACAGAAACCUGGUCAGAGCAGGGAGACACAGCCCUGAGUUCCUGCCGUGCUCCUGUUGCAUGUUUUGGGUCCAAGCCUUGCUCUGGGGUUUCAUUCCCUUCCUUUUAAUUAUUUGUGGGGGUUUUUUGUCAUUUUCCCAUCAGAUUCCAGCAGCCACAGACACACAGAGAGUUCCCUUCUGGAAAGCUGAUGCAGGACAGUUGGUUUGGAGCCCAGUGGCACCCCCCAUGUGCCCUGGAAAUGCCCAGUGCCCCUCUGUGCCCCCUCCCUGCAGCCUCCACCCCAACCCUGCAGCUCAGAUUUUUGUCCCCCUGUCUCUCCACUCAUUAAAAGUUUCAAAAUCAUUAAAAUCGUUAGGAAUGUC